AUGGAGCAAGCGGUCUACCUCUGCCUCUUCUUCCUGACACUGGCUGAAGAUUCUGUCCAGAUCGAGGACAACAAGAUCCCCAGCUUGUGCGCGGGGCAACCUGGCAUUCCGGGAAACCCUGGCAUCCAUGGCAGUCAGGGGCUGCCCGGCAGAGAUGGACGUGAUGGCCGGGAUGGAGCAGUGGGAUUGCCGGGUGAAAAGGGCGAGGUUGGACAGCAAGGACCGUCAGGCCUGAGAGGAGACAGGGGCAGCCCUGGCAUAAACGGGCUGCCAGGGGAGAAGGGGACCCCGGGGGAGUGCGCCGUGGCGCCCCGCUCGGCCUUCAGCGCCAAGCGCUCCGAGUCGCGCAGCCCGCCCCUGGCUGACCAGCCGAUCGUCUUCGACGUCGUCCUGAUCAACGAGCAGGGGCACUACGACGGGAACACGGGCAAGUUCCUCUGUGAGAUCCCUGGCCUGUACUACUUUGCGGUCCACGCCACCGUCUACCGCAUGAGCCUCCAGUUCGACAUCAUGAAGAACGGCAAGUCGGUGGCCUCCUUCUUCCAGUUUUACGGCAACUGGCCCAAACCCACGUCGUUGUCCGGGGGCACCCUGGUACGGCUGGAGCCCGAGGACGAAGUCUGGGUGCAGGUUGGGGUGGGAGACUACACUGGCUUCUACUCCAGCGUCAAGACGGACAGCACCUUCACGGGGUUUCUGGUCUAUUCCUAUUGGCCUAACUCUGCCGUCUUUGCCUGACUGACGACA